AUGACACCCGGAUACAUGACGCUGAAAGGCCGGGACGAGACGGCCGAAGGUCUAGACCGCAAAUUCGUCCUGCAUUACUACGCGCGGAUGCGGUUUAUCACCAACCUGCUUCCCCUCGUGAACGCAGCCGCUCAAGACUCCUCUGUCAACGGCAACGCCAGACUAUCCCGCGUUGUGUCUGUCCUAGACCCGAUGGUCUCCGUCCGCGCGGGCGGCUCCGGCACGCUCGACUUCUCGGACCUCAGUUUGAAGCACACCUUUAGCCUCAAGAAAUGCGGCUGGCACGCUAGUCUGAUGGGUAAUUUCUUCCUGGAGAGUGUGGCCCAGCAAAACCCGCAUACCUCCUUCAUCCACGCAUACCCCUCUGGCGUAGCCACGGGCGUGUUGCGUGAACUACCGGCUGGACGCGUGCUGUCGGCCGUGCUGACGCCGCUGUUAAGACCAUUCAUGGUGCCUCUCGAGGAGAGUGGAGAGAGGCAUUUGUUUGCGGUAACGAGUGGGAGAUAUCCUCCGAAAGCUGAGGGGGAGGAUAUAGAAGGGGAUGUCGCAGUUGGCAGCGAUGGGACGAAGGGGAGUGGGUGUUACUGGGUGAGUUGGGACGGUGAGGUAUUUCCGCCAAACAAGAAAUUGGAGAGGACGAGGGGCCAGAGCGGGGCAGAGAAGGUGGUGCAACACACAGAGGAGGUGUUUAAGCAGGUGUGCGAACACGGCAAGACAUACCCGUGA